CCGGAAGUGCUUUGUGAAACGGAUAGCAGACCGGUGCAGCUGGACACGUGACCCGGAGUCUGCCGCCGCCUAGACAAAGGAAGCGGAAUGGAACACAAAACAGCGAACGACCUGGAACGCAGCGCCCGGAAGUAAUCGCGGCGGUUCGUGUAGUGAUUUCCUGCACGUUUGUCUGCGGGAGGGGGGUGGAGAGAUUGCAGAGCCUGGUCGGUCUUCAGAGGUUGUGAUUGAAUGGGUCUUACCUGCUGAGGCGACUUCACCCCUGACCACCAGGACCAUAGUCCACACUCGGGGUCUGCAGGAUGGAUGUGGACAGCAGGCCUUUGAAUGAAAGCGCAUUAAAGCUUGCCCUGGAGAUUAUGUACCUGCUGACGGGAGAGGUUUAUGUCAUCAUUAGAAAGCUUGGGGAAGGUGCGGCAGGCGGUUUUCCCCAUGUGUCAGAAGGAUGGAGCUUGGCCGAGAACACACUUAUGGUGCCUUCACUUCAUUCAGUAAUGCAUAAGAAGAACACUGAUGAGAAGGUCCUGGAGCUCACCAAAAAAAUAAUUGCACUGCUAACUAGAGAGGUUCCUAUGAGGAGUCAGGAUGUCACCGUCUAUUUCUCCAUGGAGGAGUGGGAAUAUUUAGAAGGACACAAGGAUCUCUACAAGGACAUUAUGAUGGAAAAUCACCAGACCCUCACAUGUGUGGGGGGUUCCAGCAGAAGAAACACAGAACCCGAGACAAAUUGUAGGGUUCCUCAUUAUCAGGAAGUAAAAAAAGAUUACAAUGGCUCACGUGAUCCACAGCUGGUGUUAGUGGAUGGAGUCUUAAAACGUAUUAAAGUUGAAGUAGAAGACACAUAUCAGACCAGUUUCCCUCCUCCGUGUAAGGAGGAAGAAGUUCCUACAGCUAUUUGCCCAGAAGCGUCCAGCAUCAGAAAUACAUUGGAGGGAUGGCCCAGUAAUCCAUAUUUAACAUGUAAGACUGAGGAGGAUGCCGACUUUUUCCAGAGGUCCCCUCAAAGUCAUCACCUCCCACCUAGGUCAGAGUCUAUUUUCAGAGACCUGAUAAUGUAUACAGAAAGGAAUCCCAUGAAUAAGAGGAUCUUGGAGCUUACAAUGGAGAUCAUCUACUUGCUUUCUAGAGGGGAAUAUGUAAUCCUAAAGUCAUCUGGUGAGCAUGUGAUACCCAGUGGCUCCAUCCAUGGUUUGACAAAUCAGACCAGUACCCAGAGCUCCCUCAUGCUGCCUACCCCUAAUUCCUUGACCCAUGAGCUACACAAUGACCAGAAGAUCCUAGAAGUCACAAACAAGCUUAUUGAGCUGCUGACUGGAGAGGUUUCUAUGAGGUGCCAGGAUGUCACGGUCUAUUUCUCCUUGGAGGAGUGGGAGUAUUUUGAACAACACAAGGAACUCUACAUGAAGCGCCUUACAUCGCCAGGUCAUCGCGCCAGUCAAGGCUUCAUGAAAACAGCACCUUGCAGAAAUCCAACACCCUAUGGACAACAGAAUACAAUUCAGGGAGAUACCGAUUAUUCUGACUCUGAAGAGACGGUGUCUGACAGUGAAGACUAUGAAGACGACGAAAGCCAGUCAGAUACUGAAACAGAAGAUGAAGUUCCCUUAUCAAAAAUAAAUGACCCGGACCUGCAAGUUCUCUUGAAUAGGUUACGGAAAAUGGUUAAGGAGUCUGAAGAUUACAACCCACUGUGCUUCCAGAAUGAUCCAGAAUGGGGGCCAGGAUUUUGAGGAAUGCUGCCUACUGAGACUUUAUACAUGACAUGUUUGACCUAAAUAACCGUGUCCACAAUCAUGCACCACAGUACCUGUAAUUAAGCGGCUUUACCCUAACUCUCAUGGAAAAUGCAAUGGAUUUUACUGAAAGGAUGAUUACUUUGCUUAUGACUUGUCAUAAAAGAAGUGCUCAGCGUUUUUUUUUUUUUGUUUUUUUUUAAAGAUUUGUAAAAAUAGUAUUUUAUGAUGAAAACAAAAAAUUAAAAAA